AUGUCGGCGCUAGUGCGAAUCACCACGGGCAUCAUGCCCCAACACAGCCGGGUGGGGAUGACAAGAGCAAUGGCCCAAUUCGGAGAGGUGAUUCACUGUCACAAGCCGCCGUACUCCGGCAUUCCUGGUGAGGACUUCGUCAACGUCCGAUUUGCCAGCCAGGAAGCAGCAGAUCGUGCCUACGCUGCGCUGAAAGCAUCGCAGGUCUUUGUCGAUGGAUUCCCGGUCGGGGUUGGUCCUACUGGCGGCCCCAAGGGCAAUGAUGGCAUCGCGGCAGCACUUGGGUCCGAUGGCUAUCUCCAACUCUGGUGGUGGUGGUGGCCCGCCCAGGCGGCCCCGAAGUCGGAGCCCGCCGCGUAUCUAUGGGCGAAACCGUGCACGGAGCCCGAUGCGGCGCAGCCCGGAUCGGCGCCGCCGGGGUCUUGGAAAUGGGCGGUAGAGCUCGGUCGCGGAGUCGAUCACGUGCUCGGGAUCGACGGCGUGAAGAGCGCGCAAGCGAGUUCUCAGGAGGUGAAGAAUCCGUUCUUCCGGGCUGACAGGAGCCCAUCUCCUGUUACUGCGUACUGA